AUGCUUUUGAAGAAUUUUUAUGUUAUCAAAGGACCAUUGUUUCCUUUAAAAAAACUAUACUCGUUCUCGGGUACUUGCUCAAUUUUCCGCAGGUCUCAUGGUACCUCGAACACCUUUGAAAAAAAUCCGUUUCCUCCCAUCUGUGAUGGAAUUGAACAGUGCAUAAUUGAUCAAUGUCCUAAAUCGUCGAAAAAUGAGGGAAAUUCUCUUUCUAAUAAAAUAGUGAAAAAUGGUCCAUCUUCGACUUCUGCCUGUGUUCUGUCUCCCUGCGUAUCCACAGUUUCCCCUCGCCCUUCCUUAGUAAAAACCUCACCUAUCAGCUUUAAUUACAACGCCUUCUUUGAAGAGCAAAUAGAUAAGAAACGCUCCACAUCGACGUAUCGAGUUUUCCGUCGAAUUCUUCGCGAUGCCGAUCAUUAUCCUUUUGCAGAGGACUUCUCCACUGGACAGCGUCAGAUUGUCAACGUGUGGUGUUCGAAUGAUUAUCUUGGAAUGAGCCGUCAUCCCAUGGUGCGAGAAAGUGCUAGGUAA